AUGAAGCCGAAGUACAUUCCCCAGAACGCGCUAGACAGGUUGAAGGACUACUCGUACAAGGGCGUGGACAAAUCUUUGCUGUCGAGAUAUGUGCUCAAUCCGUUUUGGACUUGGCUGGUCACUUUAUGGCCCAAUUCCGUCGCUCCGAACACUAUCACGCUCACCGGCCUCUGCAUGGUGUUACUGAACCUGGCGACGUUACUAUACUACGAUCCUACAUACCUGACUGAAAAGGAGGGCGCGACAGGGCCGCCGAAGUGGAUAUACUUUACGUGGGCAGCUGGCCUAUUCAUUUAUCAAAGCUUGGACGCGAUAGAUGGAAAACAGGCACGCCGUACAGGGAUGGCAGGACCUCUAGGAGAAAUGUUCGAUCAUGGUUGUGACGCGAUGAAUACGACGCUGGAAGUAAUUCUCUGCUGCAGGGCACUGAAUCUUGGCCGCUCGUGGUGGACAGUCGCAUCCCAGAUCGCGACGCUAGCGAACUUCUAUCUUACUACCUGGGAAGAAUACCAUACCGGCCAACUUUACCUCGGGGUGUUCUCUGGCCCUGUUGAAGGCAUCAUUAUGAUUGUAGUCGUCUACAUCGUCACUGGUUUCUUCGGCACUGAAUUUUGGGACUCUAACGUCCUUACGGUCACCCAACUGGAUGAUAUACCUCUUGUGGCCAGACUGAUCCCGAACAUAGCUCUUAAGGAGGCAUUUAUGUGGUUUGGAGCCAUCGGACUGGCUUUCAAUAUCAUCACUAGCUACAGCAAUGUAUAUCGGUCGGGUCGUACCUCUGACAAAGGUCGCUAUCAGCCUCUCCUAUACCUCCUUCCUUUCCCGGUGACAGCCCUUGUUCAGCUCGCUUGGCUUUCGCAUCCCACACCCGCCGAAUCGACCAUUCUUUAUUCCCCAUUGCUACUUCCAUUUUUAUGUGCUUGGGGUUUGCAGUUUGCGCAUCAGGUUGGUAGGAUGAUCCUGGCACACGUCACAAGCCAGCCUUUCCCCUGGUUUGAUUGGCUUUGGGUCUGGAGUUUACUCGGUGCAGUGGAUGCUAAUAUGGAAAUUCUUUUUGGACGACCACCACUCGUUCAGAAUACGUUCGCGAGAACUGCACUGGUUGUUUGGCUCAACCUUGCCGUCUCCUUCGCCUCUUAUGCCCGAUUCUGCACGUUAGUCAUCAAUGACAUCACGGAGUUUCUCGGUAUUGCUUGCUUCACCGUUAGGAAGAAGGACGCCCACGGUGAAUGGCAGAACGCCGCAAUCGUGAACGAGAAGAAGAGUAGUUGA